GGGACGGACCGCUGGAGUCUGUAGAUCAAGCCCUUGCCCUUAAACUUGCCUUGUCUUGUAUUGACAUUAAAUUCUCGUCGUUUGGAUCAGUCUUGUGACAGCAGCAUGUCUCUGGCUGCUGAGGCUUUCGUGUCGCAGAUGGCAGCUGCUGAGCCGUGGCCUGAGACCGCGACACUGUACCAACCACUCAAGGAUGAGCAGAUUUUACUGUCCGAUUGCGCCUCAUCGCUUGCAGUUCAGGCUUACCUCAGGAUGUGUGGACUUCCUGUGCAAGUCAUUUGUAAAGCCAACGCAGAAUUCAUGUCUCCUUCUGGAAAGAUUCCCUUCAUCCAUGUUGGAAACCAAGUGGUGUCUGAGCUAGGACCAAUAGUGCAAUUCACUAAAGCAAAGGGACAUUCUCUCAGCGACUCUCUGGAUGACGUGCAGAGAGCUGAAAUGAAGGCCUACAUGGAGCUGGUCAAUAACAUGCUACUCACUGCAGAGUUGUAUAUUCAGUGGUGUGAUGAUGCCACAGCUGCAGAGAUCACCCGUCCCAGGUACAGCAGCCCAUACUCGUGGCCCCUCUGUCUCGUCCUGGCCUAUCAGAAGCAGUGGGAGGUCCGAAAGAAGAUGAAUGCCAUUGGCUGGGGAGGAAAGUCCUUAGAGCAGGUAUAUGAAGAUGUGAGCCAGUGCUGCCAGGCUUUGUCUCAGCGACUCGGGACACAACCAUAUUUUUUCAACAAACAGCCAACAGAACUGGAUGCGUUAGUGUUCGGUCACCUGUUCACCAUACUAACCACUAGACUGACCAGCACCGAGCUCGCCGAGAGGGUCAAAAGCUACAGCAACCUCCUGUCCUUCUGCAGGCGCAUAGAGCAGACAUACUUCGAGGACAAAUCCUCCUGAAGUCCCCACAAAGUCCUCC